GCGGUGGUGGAGGUUACGGUGGUUCCUCCAGCGGCGGCGGAGGGAACAUGUACGGUGGUGGCGGUGGCGGAGGAAGUAUGUAUGGCGGGUCUUCUGGUGGCAGCAGUGGUGGUGGUGGAGGAUAUGGUGGAUCUUCAAGUGGCGGAAGCGGCGGAGGCUACGGUGGAUCCUCUGGUGGUGGAGGCGGCGGAGGCUACGGUGGAUCCUCUGGCGGUGGAGGCAGCGGAGGCGGCGGAGGCUACGGUGGAUCCUCUGGUGGUGGAGGCAGCGGAAGCGGUGGAGGUUACGGUGGAUCCUCUGGUGGUGGAGGUGGCGGAGGAUACGGUGGAUCCUCUGGCGGUGGAGGCAGCGGAGGCGGCGGAGGCUACGGUGGAUCCUCUGGCGGUGGAAGCAGCGGAGGCGGCGGAGGCUACGGUGGAUCCUCUGGUGGUGGAGGCGGCGGUGGCUACAGUGGAUCCUCUGGUGGUGGAGGUAGCGGAGGCGGCGGAGGUUACGGUGGAUCCUCUGGUGGUGGAGGCAGCGGUGGCAGUAUGUAUGGUGGAGGCGGCGGUGGCAGUAUGUAUGGAAAGUAAAUAUUUCUACUACUCCACUGACGUUCUCUUCUCUAACUUCCUACCUCUGGUAUUAACAGUGUGGACAUCGUCCUUCAUCGUAUUGUCAUCUACAUGUAUCAGCCAGAUGACGCAACACAUCAUCUCUUCAGUUCAUCAUUCUAUUACAUUAAACUAAUAUGAUGUUAGUUACUUUACUGCACACUAUAAUCUAUGUAAUUUACUGUUUCUGUUACAAAAGUUUGACUUAUUUUUUCUAUAAACGUGUUUACGAUUAUGUUGAGAAGUAAACUGUUAACUGAAA